AUGGGCGCAUCUCAGUCAACGCCCAAAGUAACCGCGCAGGAUCGCGCUAUACUAGAGUCCCGAGAUAAGCUGAAGCAGUAUCAGCGGAAGUUACAGCAUGUCCUAGAUAGAGAGAAGGAGAUCGCUCGACAACAUCUGGCUGCUGGCGACAAGCAGCGAGCCCUCAUAGCACUCCGGAGAAGGAAGUACCAGGAGAGCUUACUGCUGAAGACGGAUGGACAGCUCGCGAGUUUGGAACAGCUGGUCUCGACCAUUGAGUUCUCGCUGAUCGAAGUCUCCGUACUCCAUGGCUUGAAGCAAGGGAAUGAGGUGCUGAAGGAGAUACACAAGGAGAUGAACGUGGAGAGCGUGGAGAAACUACUGGAGGAGACUGCAGAAGCCAGGGAAUAUCAACGGGAAAUUGACGAGAUGCUGUCCAAGAGUCUGAGCCGUGAGGAAGAGGAAGCUGUGGAAGAGGAACUCAAGGCCCUCCAAGCAGAGAGCGUCCAGGAAGCGGAGCCUCGGAAAGUGGACCUUCCCGCACCACCCACAACGGCGCCUGUCGUCUCAGAAGAACCAGAAGCCGUGCCACGGGAGAGACAGGAAGAGCGGGAGGACCGUGUGCUCGUGCCGAGUUAG